AUGGAGAGCUCGACCUCGACUGAUGAAAACACCAGAUUAGGCUGGAUCGGACUCGGUUCCAUGGGACUGGGCAUGGCCACCAACCUCCAGCGCCACCUGUCCCAGCUCGGGGCUCCCCCUCUUCACUACCACAACCGCACCAUGAGCCGCGGACUGACGCUCCAGGCACUGGGAGGCGUGCCGUGCGAGAGCAUAGCGAGCCUCGUGUCCAACUCGAGAGUGAUGUUCCUGUCCCUCAGCGACGACUCGGCCCUGGCGGCGACCCUCGAUGCGAUCAUCGGCGCCGGGGCCGGCAACGACCUGUCGGGCAAGAUCGUCGUGGACACGUCCACCGUCCACCCGCGGUCCUCGGAGAAGGCACAGGCGAGGCUGCGCGCGAGCGGCGCCGUGUUCGUCGCCGCGCCCGUCUUUGGCGCGAGCCCGGUCGCCGCCGAGGGGAGGCUCCUGUUUGUCCUGGCCGGGCCGGAGGAUGCCGUCCGGGUGAUCAGCCCGUUCCUCGUCGGCGUCAUGGGUAGGGGUGUGAUCCGCCUUGGCGAGGACGUCAAAGAGGCCAGCCUGUUGAAGACUGCAGGCAACUUCAUGACCGCCGCCAUGAUGGAGGUCGUUUCCGAAACACACGUCUUCGCAGAAAAGACCGGCCUGGGGAACGGCCCCGUGGAAUCCCUAAUCGAGCAGCAGUACGGCCCCUUGGCGCUGUCCAUGUCCAAGAGGCUGACCACCGGGGCUUACAUGCCAGCAAAGGGGCAGAGGCCCUGGUCGGAUCUAAACCUCGCGCUCAAGGACGUAGGGCACGGGAUCGACUGUGCGCGAGAUGCAGGGGCUGAGCUGCCGGUGGGCGAGGUAGUGCAGAAGCAUCUCCAGGAGGCCAAGGAGGCCUCUGACGCCGAAGGUCGCCCUCUCGAUUCCUCAUCCAUGUAUGGAGUCUUGAGGAGGCAGGCCGGGCUGGAAUUCGAGACGGAUUUGGUCAAGCGAAGGGAUGGAGCAGCUUGA